AUGACGGUGUUGUUGUUAUAUGUUGAUGAUAUUAUUCUUACUUGUACUUCAAAUACUUUACUUAAUCAUCUAGUGCAAUAUUUAAGUUUUGUUUUUGCAAUGAAGCAAUUGAGUGAUUUACAUUACUUCUUAGGCAUAAAAGCAACAAGAACACAUAAUGGUAUUUUACUGACACGGAAAAAGUACACACUAGAGCUGCUAAAUAAGGCAUACAUGACAGAGUAUAAUCCAUGUAAUACACCAGUGGCUAAAGGACCUAGAGUUUCUAUAAAUGAGGGUCAUUUGUUGCAAGAUGUAUCUACCUACAGAACUAUAGUUGAUGAACUUGAGUGGCUUUCUUCAUUAAUGUUUGAAUUACAUAUUAGUUUAAACUUGCCUAUUUCACUUUACUUUGAUAAUACAAGUGCAAUAUACUUGUCUGUUAAUCAUGUUUGUCAUUGCAUGACAAAGCAUAUAAAGAUUCAGUAUCAUGUGGUUAGGGAAUUGGUCAGUAGUGGAUUUCUCAAUGUUAAACAUAUAGCUUCAGAAAAUCAGUUAGCAGAUAUAUUCACAAAAGGAUCAUGUGCUCCUGUUUUUACUGAUCUACUACAACAAUUACUUGGUUCUCCUGCCUCUACUUCAGCCAGUCUUUGUCAGAGUACGUAUGAUAAUUCUACUUGA